AGACAUGGGGAUUCUGACGAAGCACUUUCAGAGAUGACAGAGUGUGGCAUGCACCAAGACCCACGUAGUCAAAGGGUGGCUGUGUUUUGUUUGUUUUGUUUUGUUUGUUUGUCCCCCCACAUUUUGGUUUUGUAUUCUCUACUAUUCUGCUCUUAUGCUAAUUCAAUUUUUAUGCAAUGUGAUCUGUAUUUACAGCGGACUGUAGUGUUCUAAAAAUUCAAUAAAAUAUUAAUCACAAAAAAUGUAGUUCACUAAAAAAACCUCAUCUUGUUAAAUUAAUAGCACUGACCAUCCAAAAAUACCAAAAGAAAUAACUUAAUAUUUAACAUUCAUGUGCUUUGAUUCUUCACUGCAUGUUGUUUUCAGAUGUUCAUUCAGCAGCGUCUUUCACAGUGAGUCUUGACAGAGUGCAACACUUCACCUCUGACUCUGUCUCACUGACCUGUGAGGAAAACUCUGCCGAGAGUGAGGAGCUUUCCUGACAAUGGCCGUCUGAACUGUUCUAACUGCAUACAAAAUCAACACAUCAAAGUCACAUACUGCAGUGUACUGGUGUGAAUCUGAAUCAGGAGUUUCACCAAUGCAGUCAACAUCACUGUACAUGCUCUUUGGUAUCUGCUGUGCUGCUGCUUCACUGUCUUUACAGAAAGUUGUAGAAGUUCUCAGACGUGUCACUGCUGGAUGUGAGGAUGGGAGCCACUUUGCUCUGUGAGCUGGGCCUAUUCUUGCUCUGUACGCUCCUCUGUACUGGACACGCUCAAGAUGCUGUGCUAACUAUUGAACCCAGCUGGUCCAGUUUAUUUUUCAUCGGAGAGUAUGUUACCUUCAAAUGUGACAUGAAUGAAGGAAAAGACACUGACUGGGAAUACAAAAUCAACAAGGAUGGUCAAGACUUUUUCUCCUACAGGAUAAACAAAGACUACAAAUUAAAAAUGACAUCUACAGGUGACAGUGGUGAAUAUCAGUGCUUUGGUCUCAGGAUGAGCUCACGUGAUACAAAGAAAAGUAAUACUGUCUCUAUAUCUGUAUUAGCAGAUAAACCCAGAGCCACACUGACAGCAGGAACAACAAUCAUACCAGUAGGGGGCAGUGUGACACUGACCUGCUCUGUGCAGAACUCUGAUGGAUGGAAAUAUGAGUGGUUCACAAACCAAAGAACCUCUGAAUUUCCAAACAGAGAUCAACAAAACAGAGAUAUCAGAGUAUCUCACGGAGGAAUCUACAGCUGCAGAGGAACAAGAGGAAACCCAGUUUACUACACUGAUAUAAGUGAUGAUGUCAUCAUUAAGGAAACUCCUAAGUUCAGUAAUUUAACAGUUUCCAUUAAAGUUGUUAUAAAACAACAACCCAACUGGCCUCAGUUAUUCAGAGGUGAGACGAUCACUCUGACAUGUGAGGUGCAGGAAGGAGGUGAAACCACUGAGUGGUUUUCUGAAUGGAGAGGACCCGGGACACCCACACAGCUGAUACCCUAUAAUGUUCUGAGAUUUGUAGUUUCUGAGUACAGCAGUGGUGACUACAUGUGUAAGAGUCGACGCGGUUAUGACCGAUAUUCUUCAACAGAGUGGAGUGAACCCUUCACAUUGUCAGUAUCAAAUCAACCAAAGGCUCAAAUAACGUCUGAUAUGAGACACGUUCCAGUAGGGGGCAAUAUGACCCUGAAAUGUUCAGUGAACCCAUCAUCAUAUGGAUGGAAAUACUACUGGUACAGAGAUGAGAACAUGUCUGAACUCCUGACCACACAAGAUGCAGUUUUCCACUCAAAUGGACAAAUCACAGUCUCACAGGAAGGACUCUACAGAUGCAGAGGAGGCAGAGGAGAUCCAGUUUACUACACAGAGGACAGUGAGCCCUUCAACAUUGAUAAAAAAAAACCUCUCACGGGCAAGGGAAAGUGUCCGUGCCUGGCCCUGAUGGCCUGCAUUAUCACGAAGGCUGAGGAGGACUUGAACCUUCAGGCUAUCAGGAACAACAAACUGGAAAAUCUUCUUGCUCAAGCGGUGAUGCUUUAUCACCCUGUACAGGAUGCCGUUCUGUACUUUAAGCUUCUUCCACUGCCUGAGAAGCCCACCAACGCCACCUGGUUCCGAAGCUGCUUCUCGCCUAGUAGCCUUCCUCUUUCUUCGCAGAUAGAAAAGGGCUCUGUUUAUUGCCUGAUCUUGUUGUUGAAGACUUGA